AUUCUAUUUAUAGAUUCUCUAUUAUUUUUAUUCACAUCCGCCAUCGCCUUCUUCUCUCUGAUUUUCUCUCCAACACCCACCUCUUGAAAUUCAAUUUCUGGAUAGAAAAUAGUAGAAAAGUUUCUUAACUACCUGUGAUACAAUGACGGUUUCUUCUGGUGAAAACUCUGCUGAUAGCAAAUGUUCACUAUCUGGACUUGCUCCUCUUGAAGCGGUGCUGUUUGAUAUUGAUGGAACUCUAUGUGAUUCAGAUCCUCUGCACUACUAUGCCUUCCGAGAAUUGCUUCUGCAGAUAGGCUAUAAUGGCGGAGUUCCAAUAACGGAGGAAUUCUUCAUUGAGAAUAUUGCUGGCAAACAUGGUGAUGAUGUCGCUAGGGGCAUCUUCCCUGACUGGGACCUCGAGAAGGGCUUAAAAUUCAUGGAUGAUAAGGAAGCUUUGUUUCGAAAAUUUGCGAAAGAACAAGUGAAGCCUUUAGAUGGCCUACAAAAGAUAAGGAAAUGGAUUGAAGAUCGAGGCUUGAAACGGGCUGCAGUUACUAAUGCUCCAAGACCAAAUGCUGAACUCAUGAUCUCACUUCUCGGCCUCUCUGAUUUCUUCCAGGCAGUUGUUAUUGGCAGCGAAUGUGAUUGUGCCAAACCAUUCCCAGACCCCUACUUGAAGGCUCUUGAAGUCCUCCAAGUGUCAAAGGAUAACACAUUCAUCUUCGAGGAUUCUGCUUCGGGGAUUAAGGCUGGGGUGGCUGCCGGAAUGCCUGUUGUUGGUUUAACUACCAGGAAUCCUGAAAGCUCGUUGAUGGAAGCAAAACCCGUCUUUCUCAUACGUGAUUACGAUGAUCCCAAAUUGUGGGCGGCUUUGGCAGAGCUUGAUCAGAAGGGAGCUCCAGGAGCAGCAGCUACUGCUUAAAACUACUAUUUGUGUAGUUACACAAAUGGAACAUUACUGAGAAAGUAUUACUAAACUACUAACUAUUAGGAACGAUUGUGCCCAUGUGAAAUCUAAUUGGGUUUUGGGCACCUAGCCCUUGAAAUUUGCUUAGCCUUCAAUCAAAUUGCUUAAAAUAUAGGACAUAUUUUAUCCAUUGUUUGGUAGAUGUCUUAUCAAAUAUGAAAUAAAAUAAGGUCAGAUAUACCCAAACCUUCUUUA